UGUCGGUGAUACUUGUCAAUGUCAUCAUAUGGUUAUUACGAUUGGUUGUAUUCUUAUAUUCGUACAUGGUUGGCAAUAUUUGUUGAAAUAUAUGUCUAAAAUUCUUUUGAUAUUUUACAUCAGAAUACCAUGGCUCCGAAACGAAGAAAUACUCGUAAACAACCGAAUUACCAACUUCCCACCACGGAGGCAGAAUUGGAAGCUUUGUUGGAACAGCGCAUUGCUACCGCCAUUGCACAGUAUGAAGCAAACCGUGUCGAUUCCAGCGGCGGUACUGGAGGCUCCGGAGGUUCUGGACCUGGAGGAUCAGGAACGGGUGGGAACAUUGUGAUUGGAGGUACUACCAUUCCAGGGUGCACUUAUAAGGCGUUCCUCGACUGCAAGCCUCUAAACUUCAAUGGUACCGAGGGAGCUGUUGGCUUUGUACGUUGGGUGGAGAAGACGGAAUCGGUGAUCCGUAUCAGCAAAUGUACCCCGGAACAAACGGUGAUGUAUGUUACUUGCCUCUUUCUGGAUGAGGCGUUGACUUGGUGGAACCUUCAGGUUCAAACAUUAGGUGAUGAGGCCGCUUAUGGGAUGACAUGGGAAGGACUUCGGGAAUUGAUGCGAGAAGAGUACUGCUCGAGAGCUGAAAUCCAAAGACUAGAGACAGAAUUUUGGAAUCUAACUAUGAUCGGCGCUGAUGUUGCGGGGUAUACGCAACGGUUCCAUGAUUUGUCCAGGGUAGUUCCCUACCUUGUGACACCGGAGUUCAAGAGAAUCGAACGAUAUAUAUGGGGUUUGGCACCUGAAAUCCGUAGCAUGGUUACCUCGUCUCACCCUGCUACAAUUCGAAGUGCAGUGAGCCUAGCUGUUAGUUUAACUGAAGAUGCGGUGCGCAUGGAGACCCUAACUAGGAAGGGAAGUGACAAGAAGGAUUCAGUCGAUGAAUCAAAGAGUUCGGGUAAGCGGAAAUGGUCUAACUUCAAGAAGGGUAACAACGCUACAAACCAAACUGCAAAAACUCAAGAUGUGAAAGCUUUCUCUGCUACUGCGAACGCAACAAGCUCUGGUCCAAGAAAGUAUACGGGUCCUCUACCCAAGUGCAACAAAUGUAACUACCAUCAUGUGGGCACUUGUGAAAGUGCCAAAUGUAAAAGGUGUGGAAAGGUGGGACACAAAAUGGAAACUUGUAGGGUGGUGUUACCAAAGAAGGACAAAGGAUGCUACGAGUGCGGUGCCGAGGAUCAUUUCAAGCGGCAAUGUCCUAAGUUGAACCCAGCUAAGGGUCGAGCCUUCGUGAUUGGAGCUAAGGAUGCUCGUCAGGACCCGAACGUAGUUACGGGUACGUUUCUUCUCAAUAAUCAUUAUGCUUCAAUUCUUUUUGAUACUGGUGCCGACCUUAGCUUCGUAUCUACCGACUUUAAACGUAUGUUGAAUUUAGAGUCAAGCAAGCUAGAUAUACCCUACUCUAUUGAAUUGGCCAAUGGAAAGUUGGUUAAGUCAUAUGAGGUUGUUAAGGGUUGCAUGUUGGUCUUGUGCAAUCAAGAAUUUAGUAUAGAUCUUCUACCGGUCCAACUGGGUAGCUUCGAUGUCAUAGUCGGCAUGGAUUGGUUGUCGAAAAACCAUGCCGAAGUGAUUUGUCAUGAAAAGAUAAUUCGUAUUCCUCUAUCCGAUGGUGAGACGCUUUCUGUCCAUGGAGAAAGACGUGGAACCCCAUUGCGAAUUAUUACUUGCAUGAAGGCCCAAAAAUGUCUACGGAAGGGUUGUUUCGCAUUCUUGGCGCACGUAGUUGAUAAGAAGACAGAGGAGCCUAAACUUGAGGAUAUUCCUGUUGUGAGGGAAUUCCCUGAAGUCUUUCCUGAAGACUUGCCAGGAUUGCCCCCACAAAGGCAAGUCGAGUUUCGCAUCGACUUGGUCCCAGGAGCUGCCCCUGUAGCUAAAUCGCCUUACCGUUUAGCUCCGUCAGAGUUGCAGGAAUUAUCUAACCAACUUCAAGAAUUGCUAGACAAGGGCUAUCAUCAGUUGCGAGUUCAAGAGGAGAGUAUUCCCAAGACGGCGUUUAGAACCCGUUACGGUCAUUAUGAGUUUCUUGUCAUGCCUUUCGGCUUGACUAACGCACCGGCCGAAGAGCAUGAGCAACAUUUAAGGCUUAUUCUCGAAUUGCUGAAGAACGAGAAACUAUACGCAAAGUUUUCGAAAUGCGAAUUUUGGAUUCGCGAGGUACAGUUUCUCGGUCAUGUGGUAAACGAGAAAGGGAUUCAUGUCGAUCCGUCCAAGAUAGAGGCUAUAAAGAACUGGGAAGCACCAAAGUCUCCAACUGAAAUACGCCAGUUUCUAGGAUUGGCGGGGUACUAUCGACGAUUCAUUGAGAAUUUUUCAAAGAUAGCACAACCUUUAACCGCCUUGACCCAAAAGGAUAAAAAGUUUGACUGGGGAGAUAAACAAGAAUCAGCGUUCCAGUUACUUAAAGAGAAACUUUGCGGUGCUCCAAUUUUGUCUCUACCUGAUGGUACGGAUGAUUUUGUGGUUUAUUGUGAUGCCUCGCAUCAAGGUCUAGGUUGUGUGUUGAUGCAACGAGACAAAGUCAUCGCUUAUGCAUCGCGUCAGUUAAAGGCCAACGUUGUUGCGGACGCCUUGAGUCGGAAAGAAAGGGUUAAGACUUUACGUGUUCGUGCGUUAGGAUUAACAAUCCAAACGAGCCUCACCACCCAAAUUCGUGACGCACAACGUGAAGCUCUUAAACCGGAGUUUAUUAAGGAAGAAUCUUUGCGCGGCAUGGAACAACAAUUGGAACCUAAGGAAGAUGAAACGUUGUACUUCAUGGGUCGUGUUUGGGUUCCAUUGUUUGGCGGGUUACGUAAUAUAGUUUUAGAUGAAGCUCAUAAGUCGAAGUAUUCGAUUCAUCCAGGUGCUGAUAAGAUGUAUCAUGAUUUGAAGGAAUUUUAUUGGUGGCCCAAUCUUAAAGGCGAUAUUGCGACCUACGUGGGAAAGUGUUUGACUUGUUCUAAAGUUAAGGCCGAAUAUCAGAAGCCAUCUGGCUUGUUACAACAACCUGAAAUCCCGAUAUGGAAAUGGGAACAAAUUUCUAUGGAUUUCAUUUCAAAGUUACCUAGAACAUCUAAGGGUAAUGACAUGAUUUGGGAAGUAGUGGCACGUCAUGGGGUGCCUGUUUCUAUAAUCUCUGGCAGAGAUGGCCGUUUUAUUUCAAGUUAUCACACGAGCAUCAAAGCUGCUCCAUUUGAGGCUUUGUAUGGAAGGAAGUGUCGGUCCCCGUUGUGUUGGGCGGAGGUCGGUGAGAAACAGUUGAUUGGUCCAGAAUUGGUUCAAGAAACCACGGACAAGAUUUUUCAGAUCAGAGACCGUAUCAAGGCGGCUCGUGAUCGUCAGAAAAGUUACGCGGACGUUGGGCGUAAACCCUUAACCUUCGAGGUCGGAGACAAAGUUUUGCUAAAAGUCUCACCUUGGAAGGAUGUUGCAAGGUUCGGUAAGCGUGGUAAGCUUAAUCCGAGGUAUAUUGGGCCGUUCGAGGUUUUAAGCAAGGUUGGUACCGUCGCGUACAAACUAAAGUUGCCCGAUGAGCUUAGUAGCGUUCAUAACACAUUCCAUGUGUCGAACUUGAAGAAGUGUCUAGCCGACGAGACGCUUAUCAUUCCUACAGAUGAAAUCUGUAUCGAUGACAAACUCCACUUUAUUGAAGAACCGGUCGAGGUUACGGACUGGAAAGUCCAAAAGUUGAGGAGGAGUCGUAUUAAAUUGGUUAAAGUUCGCUGGAACUCCAAGCGUGGACCUGAGUUUACAUGGGAACGCGAGGAUCAAAUGAAGACAAAGUAUCCCCACCUAUUUGAGAAGACUCCUGUUCAGGAUGACUCGGCUUGA